UGUUUUAUGUUCUAAGAAGCACCAGUACGCGGCGAGAAACAUGCCCGCGCAACUUGGCCUCUUGUCACGUUCAGCACAGCACGCGCGCCUGCAGUAAAUACGCCCGUUACGUCAAUCUUAUAGAACCACCCACGCGCCAGCCCAGGCGCAUCUCGACGUUGCGCAAUGUCUGGGCCAAAGGCAUACGACGACAGCGAGGGUGGGACAAGCCCUCUGAUACGCGAAGUACCCGACUACGAGUCGACGGAAACAUCGCAGCUGCUUGGUGCUGGCCAUCAGCGCAGGGAAUCAGAGGAGGCCGAGGUUGUUUGGGAUGGCGACAAGGACUAUGAAGGGCUCCCAUGGUGGCGCCGACCAUCGGUCUUCUGGCUCCUGGGCCCCUUUGCCCUUUUUACGCUUGCAUUUGGCGGUAUCAUGGUGCCCAAGUUGAAUCUGAUCCUCUCUCUCGUGUGUCGACAGCACUUUGCCGAUCGAAAUCCGCAAUGCCAGAUUCCCGAGAUACAGGCAAAGGUGUCGACGUUUAUUUUGAUUAUGAACUUUGUCACUGGAGCACUCAGUGCCGUGAUAGCCCCACGCCUUGGACGUCUCUCUGAUCGCUACGGUCGGACACGACUGAUGGCUUUCGCAUCCACUGGAGGGCUUCUGGGAGAGAUUCUCACCGUUGUCAUUGCAAAAUACGCCGAUGUCAUAGACUAUCGAUGGCUCAUUCUGGGCAGUGUAUUUGAUGGGGCCACAGGUUCUUUAACGGCCGGGAGCAUCCUUAGCCAGUCCUACACCAGCGACUGUACUCCUCCGUCCAAGCGGGCCGUCUACAUCGGCUAUACUCACGCCUGUCUCUUCACCGGUAUUGCGCUGGGCCCGCUCCUCGCUGGUUACCUUGUCAAGUGGACGGGCAGUCUCCUUUUGAUUUUCUAUGUCGUUGUGGGCUGCCACACCGUUUUCAUCUUGCUGCUCGCAUUUGUCAUCCCCGAGAGCCUUGUCAAGAGCAAGCGUGAAGCGGCCCGAGAGGCGUGGGCCAAGGAGAAGGAAUCUAGAGAGCACAUGAUGGGCUCAUGCCUCUCCCGCAUUCAGGAGGUUAACCCAUUCGAACCUCUGGCUAUUCUCUGGCCUACUGGUCCUGGUACUUCGUCCAAGCUGCGCACGAAUCUCGUGGCUCUUGCCAUUAGCGACACCAUCGUUCUGGGUUCAUCCAUCGCCACCGGGGCUGUCAUCAUUCUCUACAGUGGCUACAUGUUCCACUGGGGGACACUCAAAAGCUCGCAGUUCAUCUCGGCCUUGUCGUUUGUUAGGGUGUUUGCUUUGCUCGGGGUGUUCCCCCUUAUCAAUUAUUUUGCCAGGGUGCGACCUGCACAACGUCGAGAAGCCAGCGGUGUCAUCGCGAGGGAGAAGAAUGGGGGCGCUGACAUGGUCGAUAUCUGGGUCAUGCGCGUUGCCAUCCUCUCUGACGUGGUAGGAGUUCUCGGCUACAUCUUUGCGCGGCACGAGAAUGUGUUCUUCGCCAGCGGUAUGAUGACCGCUUUUGGUGGCCUAGGCAGCGCGACCAUCCAGGCUGUCAUCACCAAGCAUGUUCCCCAACGUAAGAUUGGGCAGAUACUUGGCGCCACCGGCAUGCUCCAUGCCUUGUGCAGGGUCGUUGGCCCUGUGGUCUUCAAUGGGAUCUAUGCCGCCACUGUCAAGACGUACCCGCAGGCUUUCUUUGUUGUGCUAUGCGCUUUGUUCAUUUUCGCGUUCCUGUCAACAUUUGCCAUCCGGCCAGCCGGUGAGUUCACACGACCAUCUUUCUCUGAGCACAAAUGCUAAUGUAGUCAGUGCACUGGGACUAUGAAAAUGAGGAGGAUGAACAGGAGGAAAGCGAAAAUUCGCCACUUCACAGGCGUCGCGAACUUUUUGGGGCUACCAAUACCGAUCAUCUACCCAUUGACGAGGACCAGGUUCGCCUCGAGUAAGAGGAGCAUGCAUAUAAACGAUUGGGCGUACCACGGCGCUGGGGAUUCGCAUUUACGGGACUAUUUGUAUACAUGACGUGCACUGGUUCAAGACCAUUCAGUAUAUACGAUAAAUGAUCUUGAAGCCAGGAUAUAGCAAGAAAUAGGUCACGGCCAACUGGUUCGGCCUUCACCUGC